UCGUCCUUCAGCGCCUCGGGCAUCGACGACGCCCUCGACGCCCUCUCGCUCGCCACGUCGCGCACCGACAAGGCCUACGUCGGGUCCCAGGCCGCAAAGAUCGAGACGCACCCGGAGCGCAGGUUCAAGGCGGCCUUCGAGGCGUACAAGGAGGAGCAGCUUCCGAUCCUGAAGAAGGAGCACCCGGGCCUGCGCCUCAACCAGUACCGUGACAAGAUGUACGAGGCGUUUAAGAAGUCGCCGCAGAACCCGUUCAACCAGGCGCACAUGGCU